GCGGGAGACGCGACGCGACGGGCGCGGCGCGGGCGGCCCACCUUGAGUGGGCAGGUUCAGUGGCUGAGGCUGGGGCGACUCACGUUUCCGUGACCGACGCAUUCUCGCCAGUCGCCAGUCGCCAGUCGAGCGGGCGCUUCGACGGCGUACACAGCGACGAGAGGGCACUGGGCAGCUAACAUGGCUGACCCGAGGACGACGUGCGUGUGUGUGUGCAUUAUAUCGUUCGUGGUGGCCGGCGUGGGCGCGAUGUCCGGCCUCUACGUGGACAACGGCGUCGAUCAGACUGUGAUACAUCACUUUAUGACCCGCCACGAGCGUCAAGUGGUCGAGCACGAGAUACUAGAGCUCCUGGGACUCGGCGAGAGGCCGCGGCGCGCGCGAACUCCGCCGCUCGACCGGUCAGCGCCGAGUUUCCUGUUGGAUGUUUACAAGCAGCUGGCCGAGGAGCACGAGCAGACUCGCCCGACUCGCAGCUCGGAGACGGCCCUCAGCGGGGAGGAGCAGCAGGCGAUCGACCAGAGCGAUCUUAUUAUGACGUUCCAGAGCAAAAAGCACCACCUGGGCGCGCUGCGGCAGGGCCACGGGCGGCACGUGUGGUUCGACGUGGCUACCGCCCCCGGCGACGCCUCCUCCUUGCUCACCGCCGAGCUGCGGAUACACCAGGCCUUCGUCAAGCGGGACGACCCCACCGCGCUCUACACCGUCGUCGCCAACAGGGUCAUCAACGUCGACAACCUGGGGGGUCUGGAAAUGGAGCGCGUGGCGGCGGUGAACACGAGCGCGAGCGCGGAGGGCUGGCUGGAGUUCAACGUGACGGCCGCGCUGGGCGCCUGGCUCUCCGCCCCCGCUGACAACCGCGGACUCUUCGUCACCAUACACCCUUACACACAACCUGAGCGCCAUGCUAAACCAGAGGAAAUAGGAAUUGAAGAAACACACGGCCCCAAUAUGGAGGGGAAACAGCCGUUUAUGGUGGCGUUUUUCAAAAACGGGCCGAAGUUGGGCGGCGCGGACGCCGGCGCGCGCCGCAAGCGCGAGGCCCGCCGGUGGAGGUCACACGGAUACUCCGAGAACUACUUGCGGAAUCCACUAACAGAUGUGGCGCAUUGGACCACCAGAAGUUGUGAGAUUCAAACACUUUAUGUCAGUUUUAAGGAUUUAGAAUGGCAGGAUUGGAUCAUAGCUCCGGACGGGUACGGCGCGUUCUACUGCAGCGGCGAGUGCAACUUCCCCCUCAACGCGCACAAGAACGCCACCAACCACGCCAUCGUACAAACUCUCGUUCACCUCUUGAAUCCGACGCAGGUCCCGAAGCCGUCGUGCGCGCCCAUCAAGCUGUCGCCGAUAUCUGUGCUGUACUAUACCGACGACUCCAACGUCAUACUCCGCAAAUACAAGAACAUGGUGGUGAAGAGCUGCGGGUGCCAUUAAUCCAUCAUAAAUAGAAACUACCCAAUGGGUGUUGAAAAUUCUAUAUGCUACCAGGUGCCGCUAUAGGGUCUACAGUCUAUCGUGUCAAACUGCUGUCAUAUGUCACGAUAUAGCUGUCAUGUGUC